GACGUGAUGGAUCGCAGACCAGUAGAGCGCUGUGAUUAUGUCGGAAGUGAUAGGAGAGGAAUGCAUCGCUGACAUUCAUCUGCUCAAUGAGGGGGUGUUCUGACCAUUACGUUAUCUUAUACCCAAAAGAAAUCUGUGUGGCACGCCCCGGCAUACCUCUCUGUGCCAAUCAAUCACUGGCAUGGCCGCCGCACAGUAUGAAACAGAUCCCGCCAGGAGGCGUUCAUGCCCCGGCCUCGGCUUCCACCUGUUUCUGCAUUACAAGCCUUCCUGCUCGGCCGUCAGCUUCUUCUCUCCUGUGUUUCUGGGGGACAUGACAGAAUCAGCUGCUGGAACAUUUUAUCUGGAGACUAAAAUUAGGAUUGUUUCUGGGUGAGGAGGAGCGACUCCGCAGCUCGGAUCCACACACGACCAGGACCCCCAGGAUAAGGACCCUUCACCAGACCCCAGAAGUCACCGGGAACUAGAAGACCUCAACUUUACAGAGCGGGAGGGAAGUUCAGCAUUAAGGUAGAUGGCGGCUUUGUCGCUCCCGCCACAGAACUCACACAUGGGUUUAGACAUGCCGGGGAGCGCUCCUCGCUUUCUGUCUUUUCCUCGUGCAGUCACAGCGCCCAUAGGCACAUAUGCCGUCCUGCGGUGUCGGAUCAGCGGAGAUCCACCGCCCAGUGUAUUGUGGGAACGCGUUGGAAACAUCCGUCUACAGCUGGACGACAGAUGCUAUGCUCAGAGAGACGGGGACUGGUACCAGUUAGUGAUCAGCGACCUGCGGCUGGAGGAUUCGGGCCAUUACAUGUGCAGAGCUAGUAACUGGUCAGGGGAAGGCUACGCCGGCGCCAAACUCACCGUGACGCUCAACAGUGCCGUGGUCAAUGAGCCACGUAUUGAUCUAUCGAAUGAAGCAUUUCCAUCCACAAAGUUGGCCAACAUGUCUUCUUCUUCCAUCGUGGAGCCUUCUAUUGAAACAACCCAAGAGCCACUGGAAGCAACCAACAGCCUUGACCAGCACUCUGAAGACCCCGACGCCGCUCCAUGUUUUCUGCUUCUUCCAAGGUCACAGAGGUUGACCCGUGGUCAAAGUGGGGAGUUCACAUGUAAAGUUUUGGGGAAACCAGAGCCUACGAUUCGUUGGGAGAAAGAUGGAAGGGGCCUUGAAGAAAUUUUUGAAAGGUCUCAUUACCAGUUGUCGCCUGGGGGUCACACCUUAAGUAUUUUUCAAAUUCGCCCCCCAGACGCUGGCGUCUAUGUUUGUCGAGCCACUAACUCUGUUGGGCAAUGUUUGGCGGCAGCUGUUCUGCUGGUGGACCCGACUCCUCGUCAAGGUCCAGAACCAAUUCCAGGGGACCCCCCGGAUCAGGUGAAAGUCUUCACAGUCAACGAAGGGAAACAUGCCAAGCUUCGCUGUCUGGUGACUGGUAAACCAAGGCCUGAGAUUGUCUGGCGUAAAGAUGGACGCGCAGUCAGCCCUGGACGACGAACUCUCAUUUAUGAAGACCGAGAUGGGCACUUUAUACUCAAGCUGCUGUUCUGUCGCCAACAAGAUCGAGGCUUGUACGUGUGCGGUGCCUCAAAUUCAGCUGGAAACACGCUCAGUGCCGUCAUGUUACAUGUAAGAGAAGUCGGCGAUUGCUUUCCAGCUCCGCUGAGAGAUGUCGCGGUGAGGGAGGGGCAGGACGCCAUUUUGGAGUGCUCAGUUCCGGAAGGGACCCGGACAUCUUGGUACCUGGAAGAUCAGAGACUUCAUCCAGGAAAACGGCAUCAUAUGGAGGAACAUGGUGCCAUUAGACGCCUGAUAAUCCGAGGGGCCCGGACAGAUGAUGACGGGGUCUAUGUGUGUCAGACUCAUAGAGGGGCUCAGAGUAUUGCAGAAGUCGCUGUAAGAGGGCCCAUUGUGAAGAAGUUGCCCCGACGUUUGGAGGUUGCCGAAGGUGGAAACGCAGCGUUUUGUGCUGAGACAGAGAGCGAAGUGGAGCAGGUCGGCUGGACCUGUGAUGGUCACAUCCUCUCCGAGGAUCAUAGAACGGUUGUGAAGAGUUUUGGAAGGACGCAUGUACUGGUGAUAGUCGGGGUGACACAAAAAGAUGCCGGUAUAAUACAGUUCCACGCUGGGCUUUCUGAGUCCUCCUGUCAACUCCGGGUGAAAGCCAGGGGGUCCAGCAUUGCCUCAGCCUCUGGAGAACCAUCUAACAGAACACUAGAUGUUGGACAACCCGUGUGCCUCAGCUGCCAGGUGCCCAGCUCAGGGGCCAAAGUGCGCUGGAUGAAGGAUGGCCAGGAGGUGGAGGCAGUAGGACGCAUCUCCCUCCAGUCAGAUGGCAGAAUGAGAAGGCUUCUUAUCUCAUCACUGGAUCGGUUAGAUAGUGGGACCUACACCUGUCACCUGGGUAAUGACAGCACCAGUUUCACCGUCACUGUGUCUGAGCCUCCAGUGAAGAUCAUAAACACCAGUAAUAACACAGAGCACAAGUGUGUGAGCGGAGAGCCCCUGGUGCUGAGCUGUGAGGUGUCCAGAGAGAACGCUCAUGUGCGCUGGUAUCGGGAUGGGAUGGAGAUACAGGAGAGUGAGAACAUCAGGCUGGAGUCAGAUGGGAGACAUCGAAGACUGAUCAUUACCUGUGCCAAACCAGGAGAUGCUGGAGAGUUUGCCUGUAAUGCAGGAGAAGACUCUGUCUUCUACAACGUCUCCAUUUCAGAGCCUCCAGUGAAGAUCAUAAACACCAGUGAUGACACAGAACAUAAAUGUGUGAGCGGAGAACCCCUGGUGCUGAGCUGUGAGGUGUCCAGGGAGAACGCCCAUGUGCGCUGGUACCGGGAUGGGGUGGAGGUGGAGGAGAGCGAGAACAUCAGGUUGGAGUCUGAUGGAAGACAUCGCAGGUUGAUCAUUACAUGUGCCAAACCGGAGGACUCGGGGGAGUUUGUCUGUGACACUGGUGACGAUUCGGUCUUCUACAUGGUGUCGGUGACAGAGCCCCCUGUGAAAAUAGUGAACACCAGUGACGAUGUGGAGUACAAGUCCAUGAGUGGUGAGAGCGUGGUACUGAGCUGCGAGGUCUCCAGAGAGAACGCCCCGGUGCUUUGGUACAAAGAUGGUGUGGAGAUCCAGGAGAGCGACAACAUCAGAAUCCAGUCACAUGGAAGAGAGCGCAGGUUAAUUAUUUCUGCUGCAAGACCAGGAGACUCUGGAGAGUUUUCAUGUGACGCUGGGCAGGAUUCCAUUUUUUACAGUGUCACUGUAGCAGAUCCUCCAGUGAAAAUCGUAAACACUGACGACGAUGCAGAACAUCGGCGGGUGAGCGGAGAGCGAGUGGUGCUGAGCUGUGAAGUGUCAAGAGAGAACGCUCUGGUGCACUGGUAUAAGGAUGGUGAGGAGCUGGAGGAAAGUGAAAACAUCGUCAUAGAGGCGGACGGUUGUCACCGCAGGCUGAUCAUCCAAUCUGCCCAAACCCAAGAUUCAGGAGAGUUUAUGUGCGAUGCUGGAGAUGAUUCUAUUUUCUACAACGUAUUUGUGAAAGACCCUCCUGUCAAGAUAAUAAGCACGAGCGACACCAAAGAGAUCCUCAGCGGGGAGCGCCUGGAGCUGAGCUGUGAGGUGUCACGAGAAAACGCAGAGGUCUAUUGGUACAAGGAUGAUGAGGAAUUACAAGAAAGUGAGAACAUCAUACUCGAGGUGGAUGGUUGUCACCACCGGUUGAUCAUUCUCUCGGUACAGACGGCAGACUCCGGUGAAUUUGUCUGCGAUGCCACUGAUGACUCUGCUGUCUUCAAUGUGACUGUAACAGAGCCUCCAGUGAAGAUCAUAAAUACAGAUGAUGACACGGAACAUAAAUGUUUGAGUGGAGAACCUGUGGCGCUGAGCUGUGAGGUGUCCAGGGAGAACGCCCAUGUCCGCUGGUAUCGGGAUGGGGUGGAGGUGGAGGAGAGCGAGAACAUUAGAGUGGAGUCAGAUGGGAAACAUCGCAGGUUGAUCAUGACAUGUGCCACACCAGAGGACUCGGGGGAGUUUGUCUGUGACACUGGUGAUGAUUCGGUCUUCUACACGGUGUCGGUGACAGAACCUCCUGUGAAGAUCCUGAAUGCAGAUGAUGACACAGACGAGAGGUGUUUUAGUGGAGAAGAGCUGGUGUUGAGCUGUGAGGUGUCUCGGGAGAAUGCCCCAGUCCGCUGGUACAAAGAUGGGGAGAGAAUAGAAGACAGCGAGAGUGUCCGUCUUGAGUCCGAUGGGAGACGUCGCCGUUUGGUCAUCCUCUGUGCACAGACACAAGAUUCGGGGGAGUUUGUCUGUGAUGCUGGUGAUGACUCGAUAUUGUACAAUGUGACGGUGACAGAUCCUCCCGUGAAAAUCGUGAACACAAGUGAUAAUGUUGAGCACAAGUGUCUCAGUGGAGGGCGAGUGACACUGAGCUGCGAGGUGUCCAGGGAGAAUGCCAAAGUAUGUUGGUACAAAGAUGGUGUGGAAGUAGAAGAAAGUGAGGACUUUAUUCUAGAGUCAGAUGGAAAAUAUCAUAGACUCAUCAUCCCUAAUGCUCAAGUCCAAGACUCAGGAGAAUUCGUCUGUGAUGCCAAAGAUGACUGUGUCUUCUAUAAUGUUCUGGUAUCAGAUCCUCCAGUGAAGCUGGUGAACACCAGUGAUGACACAGACCUGAUGUAUCUCACUGGCGAACAAGUGGAGCUAACUUGUGAGGUAUCAAGAGAGAACGCCUCUGUACAAUGGUACAAAGAUGGAAAUGUGGUGGAAGAGAUGGAAGACAUAAGACUGGAAUCGGAUGGGAAGCAUCGUGGACUUACUAUUCAAGCUGCCCAAAUGCAUCACUCGGGAGAGUAUACCUGUGAUGCUGAAGAUGACUCCAUCUGUUACUAUGUAAAAGUUACUGAGCCACCAGUAAAGUUUGUCAAUACAAGUGAAGACACGGAACUGGUAUGUGUGAACGGGGAGCCUGUGGUGCUAAGCUGCGAGGUGUCCAGGGAGAAUGCACGUGUACGCUGGUACAGGGAUGGGGUAGAGGUGGAGGAAAGCGAGAACAUCAAGGUGGAGUCUGAAGGUCUGAAGCGCAGGCUGGUUAUACAUUCGGCACAGGCACAGGAUUCGGGAGAGUAUAUCUGUGACGCAGGGGACGAUGCUGUAUUCUACAGCGUAUUAGUGACAGAUCCUCCUACCAAGAUUGUGUUCCCAGAAGUCCGAUCACAGGAACUGGAGCAUAUAAUAGGAGCGAGGGUGGAGCUGGCGCUGGAAGUGUCACGUACCAGUGGGAAGGUGCGCUGGUUCAAAGAUGGACUGGAAGUAGAUGAAGAUGAGAAUCUGCAGGUGAUCUCCGAGGGAACUCGCCGCUGUUUAAUCUUGUCAAGAGCCAAUGUGGACGACUCUGGGGAAUACAUCUGUGACACAGACAGUGACUCUAUCACAUUCGAUGUCAAUAUAUCUGAACCUCCUGCCAAGUUUGUAAGCAGCGGCUGCUCCCCUCCUGUACUGCACGUGACUGAGGGGGACCCCCUGUCCAUACAGUGUGUGCUGUCUCGCACACCUGAUGUCAUUCGUUGGUUUAAGAAUGGGACAGAAGUGACACCAGAUGGGAAUCUGACUCUGGACGAUGAGGAAGAGAAGUGCUCUCUAAGCCUGGUGCAUGCGCAGCCAGAGCACGCCGGAGAGUACAAGUGCAGCGUGGGAACCGACUCUCGGGCCUUCCAGGUUCAUGUUGAUGCUCCUCCGGUCACCAUUGUGGGCAACACUGGAAGUCCAGAGCACCAUACUUUGAUGACCGGGGAUGACCUGGUUCUUUCCUGUGAGCUAUCUCGGCCAAAUUUCAAGGUGCGCUGGCUGAAAAAUGGCGAGGAGAUAGUAUCUGCAGGACGAGUCAAAAUCACAUCUCGAGGAGUUCACCGGCAAAUUACCAUACAAAGUGUUCGACCUUCAGACUCUGGCACAUACACUUGUGAUGCUGGCACUGACCAAUUACAUACAGAAGUCCAUGUGGAAGCACCACGGCAAGUUGAAUUUAUCACUGAGCUCCAGAACGUCACAGUCCUGGAAGGAGACACUGCCACCUUUAAAUGUGUUGUAUCUCCGGAUGAUGUGAUCCUCCACUGGGAACUCAAUGGAUCCCCUGUCAAUUCAGACCGAAGAGCCAGCAUGGCAAGUAAUGGACUUUGCCACUCUCUAACCUUGACUGGCUGUCGCUUGUCUGAUUCUGGCACCAUCACUGCUAAUGCCGAGGGGCUCAUCUCACGGGCAAGACUAAGAGUGCAAGAAGCUCAUGUGAUGUUUCUUCAAGGGCUGGAAGACACAGAGGUGGAAGAGGAACAGGAUGUGACUUUUGAGGUCCGGGUCACCACUGAGAAGGCAGAAGUUCAUUGGGUGAAGCAGGGAGUUGUUAUUCAGCCCAGUGAUAGGUUUACUCUUCAAGACUCUGGGCACAACCAUACACUUAUCAUCCAUGGUGUCCAGGCAUCUGACAGAGGGAGGUACACCUGUGAAAGCCUCCACGACCGAACCGAUUGCCGUUUGAAUGUGCUACCCCGAAGUAUCGCAAUAAAGAAAGGUUUAACUGAUUUGCGAUGUAAGGAGGGAAGUGACAUCGAGUUUUCGGUGGAAUUGUCUCAUGAUGAUUUGAAAGGAGAAUGGUGGAAAGGAGGCAUCCGUCUGACCUCUGAUGAACGGUGCAUCAUCAGAUCAAGUGGACGGCAGCAUUUCUUGCGCCUUAUAGACCUAAUGCUUCCAGAUACUUCAGUGAUUGCUUUUACCACCGAUACUUUACGCACCAUGGGGCAGCUGACUGUCAUUGAGCAUCCACUUACCAUUACACAACCACCACAAGACUUUGUCGUUAAUGAGUCUGGGCUAGCAACAUUCCAGUGUGAGGUCUCCAAACAAGAAGCAGUUGUGACUUGGAGCAAGGAUGGAAAAGAGUUGGUUCUGAGCACAUUGUGCCGUAUGUUUUCUGUGGGACGACGGAGAAUACUUCAUAUUAGCCAGUGUGGCCCUCAGGAUGCUGGGACAUACACAUGCCAUGUGGAUGACUUGAGUGCAUCGGCCACGUUGCGUGUUCUUGAGCAAGAGCCACAAGUGCUGAAAGACCUGCAGGAUGUUGAGAUCAUGGAGAACGACAAUGCGGCAUUCAUCUGCGAAUUGUCCUGUGCCCAGGCCAAAGGAGAAUGGAUCAAAAAUGGAGAGAAAAUAAAAGUAACAUCUACAACAAAGAUUCGCCAAGAAGGAAGGAGACACUUUCUCCUUAUUUGUGGGGCUCAAUGUGAAGACUCUGGAGAAAUUCUCUUUCAAGCAAGAAGAGUAGAGUCAAGAGCUAAACUCAAAGUCAAAGAGUUACCGGUCCGCAUUGUAAAAUCACUGAGGGACAAGACGGCUCUACAAGGUCAUCGUGUGAUAUUUGAAUGCAAGGUCAGUCCGGCCCGAGCUCGAGUCACUUGGCUGAAAGGCAGUGAAGUCAUUCUUCCUUCAGACAAGUAUCAGUUCACCAGUGAGGACGCUUAUCGUACAUUGCUCAUCAAUGAUGUGGGCCCUGAAGAUGAAGACAUCUAUACGAUGAAGACCACAGGAGGCCAGAGCUCGGCCCGAUUACUAGUGGAGGGUUUAGCCAUCCAACUAUAUAAAUGUCUGAGAAAUGUAAAAGUGACCGCCCCCAGUGAUGCUUGUUUCGAGUGUGAGGCGUCCAUUCCUCUGUCCAGACCUCCACAGUGGAGUCUAAAUGGGGUCAUGCUGCACAAUGGAGGUGACAUCAUUAUCGAGGCCAGGGGGAACCGGCACAAGCUUACCCUACAGAACACCUGUCCUGCAAUGUCCGGAACUGUGAGAUUUACAGCUGGAAAAACACGUUCAGAAGCACAGCUGAUUGUACAAGAAGAACAAUAGGAAGAUGUGCCUGUAUAACCGCCUGCAUUGUCUCAUGUUCCUCACAUCCCAGCCCCAUAUUAGGUAGAGCAGUGCUCAUACCAGUGCCAAAUGCCAAGGCUCGGUUGAAGCCAAGCUUUUCUUAAGUCUUUAGGUGUGGGUUCUAGACCCUUGUAUUUAUUUUUAAACCUUACUCUAAACCUUUCCACCCAUCCCUCCCACCUGAAAGACAGCGAGAAAAAUGGAGCAGUAUAUCUAGACCAUCAGAGCAACCAGUGGAUGGAAACAAGGACAACUAGAAGGUGCCAAUGGAAUGACUCAAGGAGACACAGGAGUAUGAGAGAACGGAUGACAAAGGGGAAUGUAGUCAACCAACACAAAAACUUUUUGUACAAUGCGCUCUUCAGACACGGGUGUGUUGAGUUUUUUUUAACAGCUACGGAGCUAGAGUUUAGUCACAGACACCAAAAUCUCACCGAUCGAUCUUAUGCUUGGAAGGACACGUGUGACCAAGGCCUAUCAGUCACAUCUGUCAUUUGGAGGUAAAGGGUCCACUGCAAGAUUUAGUAGUCACAUUCCACUGUGGAAUGCCUCCAGAUCAAUAGGAUGAUGGCUAGCGACUAGUUUUGAGGGCACAGCGUCACCUAUGAAAACAGCCUCUUACUUACUUGGAGAUAUCCAUCCCUGAUAUGUCCUUUGGUUUUGGUCUCAUAUAUAGCAUAGAGUUGGAUGUUUGAGACAUUGCUCUUGAAGUGGGAUUUCUAGUUUUCAGACCAUGGAAGUUCAUACUGGAGAAGUCUUUGAUCUAGGACCACUCCUUAUAUCCAUAAUGAUAGGGCCGGCUCAGAUAGGCUCUGGAUUUUCAAUUGAGGAUCCACGCCAGAAAUCAGAGACGGACACUGCGAUUUCUGCCGCAUUUGUGCAGCGUCUGUGCUGGCGGAUCCUCGUGAAAAUUAGACCCAUUCAGUGUGUCUGAUCCGUGGCUUUUUCUAGUGGAAUCAGUGAGAAAAAGGAUUUUUUUUUUACAUCAGAUAGAAAGCCGCAUGAAAUUCUCUAUCAGUCCACCAACUGCAUGUCUAUGGGGUUUUAGAAACCCUGUCCCAUGGUUCCGAAAAUAUCUGUGGCUGCACGGUAGAGAAGAAAAUCAGCUGCAGAAAGAUGAUUUUGGCUGGACUUCCCCUUUAAGUAGAGGUUUACAACACAGAAUAUGGCUUAUGACGUGUUCCUUAGAGAAGGGUAAUAAUGAUUUACAGAAAUUCCCCCCUUUUUUUUUUUUUUUUUUUUUUUUUUUUAUAGAAAUAAAGGAAUUUUGCCCUCACAGACAGGGAAGGGAUAACUGUGUAUUUGGGGGCUGACUGUUUGGAGUUAAUGUGUUAUUACACUGCUGGGACUUCAGAAGAUGUGUGACUUUCUCUACAUGUCUCUCCAUCUGCGUUCUCAACGUUUUUGGCCUAAUAAACUUGUCCAUCUGA